AUGGGAGUAGGGAAUAACAUGAUAAUGUAUUGGAAGUGGUUUGAUUCAAGAGUGAGCAGGAUUGAAUAUUAAAUAAAUUAGUUUAAUUCAUUAAUAUUAACAAUUUUUUAUUGUGAUAAAUAUAAUUAUAUCAUCAUGGGGAAUAUUUGCAAGCCAUAGGUUUAGUUAAUAGAGGAAAAUGAGGUGGAUUUGAAUAAAAAAGCUGAAAUUGAAGAACAAAGAAAAAAAGCAAAUGGCAAAUAAGAAAAUAAUAAUGACUUAAAAUAAGAAUCUAUAACGGACGAUCAAAAACAAUAACAAGAUAAUUACGAUGGAUAAAAGUUGAGAAGUGAAAAUAAUUAGGAACUAAAAAGAAGAGAAAACAAAAAGAUGGCAUAAAUAGCAGCUGUUAUUGAUUAGGAAGUAAUUUAUGAAAAUAUCUAAAAACAAAACAAAGUGAAAAGCCCUUUCGAUUACUAACUACUAUUGAACGCAUUUUCUAAUAGUUUCAUAUUUGCUCAGUUGUAAGGCGACGACAAGUAUCAAAAAUUGAAUAUUAUUUUGAGUAAAGGUUAUUGA